AGCCCAAUUCAGCUUUAUUUUCCAUUUUUUUUUCAGUUUCCAUCUUCAAAGUUUUAAUUUAAACGCUUCUUCCGUUAAGCUGAGAUUUCUAAGGCACGAUUCGAAAUUCGAAGGUUCAAAAUCAGAAAUUUCCAAUCGAUUUGACCAUCCACACAAGGCGACGCCGAAGAUAGUUUGCGCCGGCGACAAUGUUCUACAGAGGAUAUGGAGAUGGUCCUGAUGGGCGUGAAAUGGGACCUAAGCGUCAGAGAAUGGUCGAUCAAGGUCCUCCAGGGCCAUUCUAUGGAGCUCAUCCUGGUUCUGGCUUUAUGUAUAACCCUUACGGAUUCGUUGCUCCUCCUCCUCCUCCUCCUGCGUUCCCUGUGGUUCGUCUCCGUGGUCUUCCCUUUGAUUGCGCCGAGCUCGACGUGGUUGAGUUCUUCCAUGGCUUAGAUGUGGUUGAUGUCUUGUUUGUUCACAAGAACAACAAGCUCACCGGGGAAGCCUUUUGCGUUCUGGGUUAUCCCCUCCAGGUCGAUUUCGCACUCCAUAAGAACAGGCAGAACAUGGGAAGGAGAUACGUGGAGGUUUUCAGGAGUACGAAACAAGAGUACUAUAAGGCUAUUGCUAGCGAGGUUGCGGAGUCUCGUAUCCAUGGUGUAGCUACUGGCGGUGGUGGAGGUGGUCUUGGUGGUGUUGACGGUGGAGGUGGAGGAGGAGGAGGCAGCGGUGGAAGAGGAAGCGGUGGAGGAGGGUUUUCGCCUCGAAGAAACUCGCAGAGGGCGAGGUCGAGUGAUGACGGGAAGGAGAAUGCUGAGCAUACGGGUAUCUUGAGGCUGAGAGGGUUACCUUUCUCAGCAGGGAAGGAAGACAUACUUGACUUCUUCAGAGACUUUGAUCUGUCUGAAGACUCUGUUCAUGUCACCGUCAAUAUUGAAGGGAGACCUACCGGAGAGGCGUUUGUGGAGUUUGGGAGCGCAGAUGAAUCGAGAGCUGCGAUGGUCAAGGACAGGAAGACGCUUGGGAGCCGUUACAUAGAGCUGUUUCCUUCAUCGAUUGAGGAGUUAGACGAGGGUUUAUCAAGAGGAAGGUGAUCCACACCACUUGUCAUGGUACUUUGCAUACCCUUCUUCUUUCUAAAUGAUUCUCUCGGAAAGAUCAGAAUUUCAACGCUUUUCAUGGUUCCGGUUUUGAUGUACUAUCUAGUCAGGUGUACUAGUUUUUAUCAAUUCUUUAGGUUUUGGUUUGCGUUGCGUUGGUGGAGAUUUCCAAAGCAAUCUGCAUCAAUAUAGUAAGUUUUGAAUCAAAUGGGGGGUGCUGAGUUGUCUUUUGAUUCACUCGCGUUUGUUAUCGUAAGAACCCUUGUUGUUGGAUUUGUAACAUUAAGGCUUUUGAUUAAGUCUGUGAGAACAUGUGGUUUAGAAACGACAGAAACCUUGAAGAGACAAAUCUUUUUGGAUUCCUUGUAGUGUUUUAUUAUGUAAACAGACUUGGAAAAAGGCAAUUUGUCUUCAUUGAAUAUGAUAGUUUUUUUUGGUGAGAAGAGCAUUUCUCUGUAUAUAUAUUUUCCUGUCUUUGAUUUUCUUUUUUUCUAGACAGUACUUCAG